UUAACAAUUUAGUGCAAUAAAAUUCAAAAUCGAGAAACUGUCAGUUAUCACAUUUUUCAUUUUUAAAUCGUUAAUACAAAAUUUUUCAAAAUUUCGCCCAUAAUGUAUGCACCGAUGGCCCUUUACUACAAUUAUUUCAAAAAAGAUAAGCUUCGAGAUGAAACUGUGCCACCCGGAAACGAUUUAAACAAAACAAACUCAAGCUUAUGCUUGGCUUUGAACUCGGGCAGCUUCAACCCGGGCAUUAUCCUUAAUCAAACGGCGGACAUGUGCAAGAUCUACUUCCUCCACAGCAAGGAAUCGAUAGAAGUCGCUCGCAACAACAUCCUGGGUAACCUGUUCGUGCUCAAGGAUCGCGAGGUGUCCUAUAGGGAGAACGGACGCGUUUACGCCGGCAAGAUCAUCGGCAUGGACAGCAAGACUGGACGGGGAAGUCCCAAAAACUUUUUGAUAGAGAAGCCGACCAAGGAGGCUGCCUGGGUCUCGAUGCCCGAUAUCUUCUUGAGCCAGAGGCAGUACAAAUCGUUGGUCAUGGACUCGCCUCCCAAUUUGGAUAAAACCCGGAACAUUGAUUGAAGCUUACCUAUUAUUUUUUAAAUUUUAGUUGAUUUUGACAAAUGAUGAAAUUUUUAUUUAGAUUAGCUUUCCAAAUUAUAGUCUGAAUUGUUAUUACAGGUACAGAUUAAUAACAUAUACAUUAAAUUGUAGAAUAAACAAUUAUGAAUAACCAUGAAAUUACCAGUUUUGUGAAUCGAAAUUAAUAAAAAUAAUCUAUUAUGAUAA